AUGGAAUCAAACGAACUAGUCUUCUUGCCAGCGUAUAUCGAGUCUCUGCCUCCAGAACUGAUACUCCGUAUCUUUCUCAUCGCGGCGGAAGACGACGGUACUCAAAGCCCGUACGAAGCACCCUCCUCCGUGCCGCCCUCGCAAGUGUCAAGGCGUUGGCGUCAGAUCGCGCUCUCCUGUCCACAGCUUUGGAGUCACUGGCCGCGCUAUGGAAGAGCUGAGCGCUGGACCGAUAUAUGUUGUGCACGAUCUCAACAAGUUCCACUGAAUCUACGCAUUGUCGUCAACGGCACAGGGUCGGGAACGGCGGGACGGGAUCUUGCUCUUAGAGAGAUUGCCCGUGCUCAUACGUUCAAGGCCGAGAACCUAAACCAUGGGUUCCACACAUCCGAAGCAGUGAAAACUUUCGAGGCUGUAUUGGAUUCUAUAUCUCGCGCCGAGGCUCCCUUGCUUGAAGCGCUCUUGCUUUCUACCGCUACGAGGGUCUGUGUAUCGCACCCUCUUUUCCAGGAACCGUGUCCCCGGCGUUUACAAUUCGCGUUUAUUCGGAACAUCGACUUCAGCCCCUCAAACCGUGUGUGGCCCGAGAGCCUCCGCGUUCUGGACGUCAGGGAUGUUUGCACUUGGCGUAACGUAGACGAGAUGGUGGAGGUCUUUAGGGCUAUUCCAAACCUCGAAGACCUUACUUAUCAAUACGACAUCGACGACAUCGACGAAACGGCGCGACAACGCGUCGAUUUUCUUCCCUCCAAAAUGUUCGCUCCGCGCAGUGCCUCUCUACCGCGAUUGAGGCGAUUACAACUGCUGAAUGAAAGGGGAGGGUCCAGAUACACAGUACCACCAUACAGCACAUUUGUGCCUGCCAUCGCCGUUUUCAACUACUCCCAUUACGCGCCCGCAACGGCACGAGGGCAGAGCUACGAUGUCGUCUCGAUCAAGGACCGCGUCAUCAUACCCGACACCGCACGCCAGAUAUCGGACUCCUCGUUCCUUCCGUCUGCGGUCCGUUUCGUGAUCCCGCACGACCAGUGGGGCUCAACCUUGAGACACGCCAGCUCCUUGUACCUCUCCAUUCCUAUCUUUCUGGGAGCGAAAGAGCUGCACAUCACCCGGUCUGAUAGCCCUCCUCUACUGCGAUUACUGCCUACAUUUGUGGCCGUUCAUACAUUGACGCUCUCCCGUAAUGCGGCCAGGGACUUUGCGGAACAACCCUCCUUCUCGACCAUUGCCGGCCGCUUCCCCACGCUGCAGAUCAUCCGAUUCACCAACGUCGAUUUCCAGACUCACCUCACCUCUCGCGUGGGUCCGCGGCUUGACGAGCAUUCCAGCCGCAGACUGGCUGUCUACUUCGAGCGGGGCUUGAUCGAUACUUUGGCGGAAUGUUAUACGCACGGCUUGUGUGGGACUUGGAGGUUGAUCGAGUUCAAGGCCUGCAGGAAUACGGAGAGCGCCGUAAAGGGGAUUAGGAGGGAUGCGCGUCUGCAGCGCUUCAUGAAACAGGUACAGAUUGAGGUCGUCGAAAGUACCUACGGCAAAGAAGAGGCGUAUGCGACCUGA